AUGGAGGAGGGGCCCUGCUGGCCCGAUAGUUCCUCUUUGCAUCCAAAAGGUACCUUCAGUGUAAGUAUUCAAGUAUCUUCAUUAGAACUCGAGGUGUCGAGACCGAGAUGGACCCGGCCUGCGGGACUUACACCUUCCCAACUUUCUUUCCUCCGAAGUCCAAACUCCAACCUCCUCCUUCUUGCAGCUGCAGGUGUGGAAAGUCACACCUUGCAGGCAGGCGGAGACCAACCGGACCCUUGGCCUCCUUCUACAAUACUCCGUACCCGACUUGCCUACGGAGUACUGUGCCUUCAGGUUCUGGCAUUUGGGACAUGGAAUGAAGUGGGAGCAAAUCCAAUGACCCCGCACCCUUGGCCUUUGGCCGAUGAAAUGUUUGCUCCAACAACGCCACAAAUCCAACGACAUCGUUUUUCUUUCGCCCUCUCCUCUUGCGUUUCUCUGCCCGUCUUGGCGUUUCUUCAACCUCGAAUCUCUGACAUGCUUCGCUCCGAUACGGAGGAGACAGAACGCACAAUACGAUGCCUUCUUCAGACCCUGACUAGAGUUUGCCCGGGGUCCAUCAACUUUUGCCCUCAUGGCAUCCAAUGGCUGAAGCCGACUACUGCGACUGACUUACAUAUGGAGCCCUGCCUGCAUAUCUUCGUACGUACAGACACCAAAGACAGGGUGCUGCAGACAGUAUGGGCACACACAAUACAGACGUCCUCUUAUAGCACUGUGUCUUUCGUGGGCCCAUACGACUUGCCCGGCGACGCAACUCGACAAGACAUGACCAGUGCUUCGGACGCACAUCAAAGACAGCACCUCCAUGUCCGCUUCGUCGUCGACUUGCCAUUGGCCCCGAAUCGCACCAACAAUGGGCAAACAAGACAACAAUCCGCCCUCGCAUAUCAGUCACACCAUGCAGCUGUCGCCUAUUCAUCGAUACCCAACUCGGCCAUCCCUCAUGCAAUGACCUCAUUUAUCCAAAUCGUCGGAUUUCCCAACAGUCAGGGCCGCUUCCAAUGUUCCGUCAUGUGCUGCCAGCGUGGCAUGCAGUCCUUCUGCGCUCAUCCUCCACCUCAACCCAUCGACUCUGUCGGCUGUUUCCAUCGUUUGGUGGGGCACAUCACGCAGCCAAGCUGCUGCUACAUGUCCCCCUCGACGACCCCUCCCCUGCCCAUCAACUCUCGCAACUAUGCUACUGGUCAAAUCGCACACAGAGACGGCCGUCCUGAGAGACACAAUUUCAGUUUGUCACUUAUGCUCAAACCUCGACGCAGACGCUCCCUCUGCCCAGCCCGGCUUGCUCGACGCUCAACUUCACCGCCUGAACCCCCGGCCUACCGGCGCAGGAGCUGGGAUCUACCCACUUCAAAAACAACAGACACCGCCGUGCCGCCCGAAGGUUUCAGUGCAUAUCGAUUCGCCAGUCGAUCCACUCUUUGCACCGAAUUCGGCCCUCGCUCAUCCGGCCACGGGCAGCAACUGACCCUGGGAGAUCGGGAGCGAGUGCGGGAUACACUCCUCGGAAACGUCGGUGGGAGCGUGGCACAGCAUGCUACUCGGCCCAUCGCAGGGAAGCAGGUUGUUUUAGAGUUUUGGUACACCACAGCAGAAAUACCGCCUCGCUGUCUUGCCGCACGUCUCGUCGUCUUAGCCUGGCAACGCCUCGUGGAUUCUCCAGCCAUGCUUUCUUUUUUCCAGGCCGCUCGAAGCCACAUCCAGGGACUGGGGUAUUUUCCCCAGCCUCGGCAUCCUGGCUUCGAAGGCUUCUCAGCUUUAAGCGACAAUCUCCCCCAGUCGGAAAUAACAAGCAUGUCUCGAAUCUGGUUCCAAGUCUUCUGCCAGUUUCAUGCCGAAAUUAGUCUUGCUGCAAGUGUUCAUUCACAUCGCUUCUUUCCGUGGUUCGGCAACGGCAAUAUCAACGUCCGUGUGCAAGAGCCGAACGAACUUCCUACGCAACGAGGCUGGAUGGCCGGCCGUGGAGCACUCAAGAUCCUCCUAGAGCCCCAUCAUUGCAGCUCGCUAGACCAAAGCUCCCCCCCGCUAUUGCCCUGCCGCUCUGCCGUGGGCACAACGGCGAUGUUCGCAUUGGCGACCGAGAGCACGGACAUGGGCGUCGAGAACUUUUGGGGCGCUGGCCUGGCCGGGCGAGCGUGGAGAAUCCAGCUGGAAGACGCAGAAGAAGGAUCAUUCCUGUUCGUUGCAACCCUGAUCGUCAACUGCCGCCAAGGAGAAGAGAGAGUCAGGACGCCGACGAGCGAGCGAACUAAUCAAAACAACGGCGCCAGUGGCCGGGCAUGGCCGCCCUACUAUUACGAUGCCUUGCAAUUUGGCUUUGGCAGCCAUCUCCUCAUCCUUCUCCGCCUCUUCGUCUCUGUACUCACUCCCUUCGCACCCCCCCAUGAUCCGUCCUUCACCCCCAACCCAAUUAUGUCAUGCAUCAUGGCUUCAAAGUAUCCUGGACCCUCUUGUAAUUUUGAUACCCGUCCCUUGGUCUCCACCGCCUCGAACAAGGCCUUAUACUACCUUGCCCGUCCCGCGUUUGCUCACCGUCGCAUUUGGCUUGUCACUCCCCUCAUUGCUCAAACAUGCAGCUUUGGGUUCAAGUCCUUUUCUUCAUAUACUGUCCUUACUACCGUUCCCUUUCUUAUGGCAACCAGAGUCAAGAUGAGUUCUUCAUCGUCUUCGCGCAAGUCGCGCAGAACAACUAGCAUCUCCAACGUCAUGUACACCAACGCGGUCUACUUCCCCAACGAGCGGAUAUACCAAGGCGACACGCCGGGCGCCAUGAACUAUGGCUGCAUCAACCAUGUGUAUUACGCCUUUGCCAAUAUCUCGCCUGAUGGAGGUGUUUUCCUGAGCGACGAGUGGGCCGAUGCCCGCGCACCAGUCGAUGGCGUCCAGGGUGGCCUAGGGUCUCUCAUGCACCUCAAGCAGAAGCAUCCCCAUUUGCAAGUGAUUCUAUCCAUCGGGGGCGGCAAUUCCAGUGCCGUGUUCCCCGUGAUAGCUGCGAACACACUCUACAGAGACAACUUUGCCCGGUCUGCGAGAGGCCUGGUCGACGCGUCGGGCUUGGAUGGUAUUGAUAUUAUGUGGGAGUAUCCUUGUGAUUCUCAGCAGGGCCACCAUUUCCUGGCUCUGUUGGCGGCUGUUCGCCUUCAUAUGCCCGAAAGUCAUUAUCUCCUUACUGCUGCGUUACCUGCCAGCCGAGCGAUCUUGCAAUACAUCGAUCUGCAACGAACGGCCGACUACGUCGACUACCUCAACCUCAUGGCGUACGACUUCGCCGGCACGUGGACACACAGAAGCGGCCAUCACGCGCAAUUGUAUGCAAUGAGCAAGGACGAAACCUCGGGCGCAUCAACCGUGCAGUAUCUGGUCUCGCAAGGCUUUCCCUCGCAAAAGAUCCUCCUCGGCAUUCCCCUCUACGGUCGCAGCUUUCUUCAUGCCACUGGGCCGGGACAGAAGUUCAAGGGAAGUGGCGGGAGCAAUGGGACAUUCGAGUACAACCAACUUCCCCGUCGGGGGACGAAGGAAGUCAUUGACAAGAAGUCUAUCGGGGCCCAAUGCGUCGGAGCAGAUGGCGGCUUCGUCACUUAUGAUAACCCCGAUACGGUGAAGAUGAAGGCUGCAUUUUGCAAACAGAAGAGCCUAGGAGGACUAUUCUACUGGAGCGGACCAGCAGACGCAAAGGAGAGCUCACGGAGUCUCAUAGCCACCGGAUUCAGAGCUCUGCAUAUCCGCCGACACGUGUCGGCAAACCUCGGCCUCACGGGCCGGAAGGCAGUGACAGACAGACGAUAA